AUGACUUUCUACAGGGACCUCUAUGAUGAUGGGUGCAAUUCACCAUUUGGCUAUGAAGAUCACUAUGGUUUUGGGGGCCUGAAUGACUACCGAUUUGGGAGCCCAUAUGGCUACUAUCGGGACCAGUACCGAUACAGCAGCCCAUACAACUACAGAAGCUUUGGGAGCCUGAAUGGGAACAGAGGCUUGAUUGGUAGUGGGGACCAUUACGGGUAUGGGGACUUCUAUGGAUUUGGGUACGGCUACCCCUUCUCUUCUCAUUUUGGAAACAGAUACAGUUAUUGA